UCCAGUCCGUACUUCAUUGGAUUCAAAACCGAGUAAGAAUGGAGCUAAACAUUUUGAAAAUAAACCACGUAGAAAAUCUACAUCAGAUGUUGGAACUCAAACAAAUCUUAAACCAACUAUAGAAGAAUCCUCGACAAUAUGCGAUAAAGAAGGAU